AUGGAUGCUGGUAGCCUCAUCCUUGAUGUGGCUCAGAAAGUCAAGGAUCCCGAGGUCGAGGCUCGCGCUUGGGGCAUUGUGGCUGCUGGUCGUUUUGCAGCGGCAGCAGAGGAUGCCUCAGAGGCAGCCCGAAAAGCCCUGGAUCUCUUCCGCAAUCUUGGCAGCCGCGUGGGUGAAGCUCAAAUGCUGAUCGAGCUGGCCCGCGGUCAGCUUUCGCGGCAGGACUCCUUGGCAGCCCUCGCGUCGGCCAGGGAGGCACUUAAGGUGGCCCGAGAGGCUGGUAGCUGGGCACAGGCCGGCAAGGCGACUGAGGCCAUCGUAGAAGCCCAUCUGCAAGCCAGCAAGCCACAAGCUGCACACGAAGAGGCUGGGGAGCAGCUCAAGUGGAUGAGCGAGGUUGCACCAGACGACAGCAGCAAAAAGGGCUUAGCCUCCGCGAUGUCUGCCCUGGUCGUGGCCACGUCUGUGCUUAGAGGAGGAGAUGCAGGGCUGGAGCUUGUUAAAAGCUAUGUCGAGAAGCUGCGGGCGGAUGGCAACAAGCGCGGCGAGGUGCUCAUGCUGCACAAGCUGGCUACCAUGUCUCCUUAUCCGGAUUACGCUCUCAACACUGCCCAGGCCGCGCUGAAGUUGGCACAGAAGGAGGGCUUGGCAAUGGAGGAAAAGGCUCUCAAGCGAACUCUGACACAGCUUUAUGCGGCGAAAGGAAAAAUUGACAAGGCGCCCAAUCGACGAGAAGCGCUGCUCUUGCUACAGGACCUGGCGCAAGAGCUGGAAAAGAAGGACGGGGACAAGUUUGACGAUGCCAACAAGAACCUUGAGGGCUUCUGGAUGGCCCUCAAGCAGAGCGAUGUCGAUGCUGCUAUGCAAAAGGUAAUCUCUCGGGAUCCAGCUGCGUAUCUCCAAUUUCUGAAGGAGCAUGGGGCCAGCGUGGCAGUACCCGGCCAGAAAGCGUCUCCACCUCCUGGUGCUGAUGUUCAGGGCCUGGGGCUGCAGAAUAAGCUCCUGACAGGUCCGAAGCCCUACCUUUACCUGAAUUUCAGAGUGGGUGGCAUCAGCUAUGGCCCGCGGUAUCGUUGCUGUGAUCUUCCGAUGGGUGUCGGAGACCAACCGGGCUCUGCCAUCGGAGUCCUUUCCCUUCAGGAUGCGCCAUGCUGUAGAACAUUGCAGUUGCAAGCUGUCAUGCACAUGGCUUCAGCCUUCAUGUCGCAACAGCCUGUUGCAAGUUCUCACGCUCGUGAAUGA